AUGUCUGCAGCAUUCGCUCCAUGUGGUGGAAGAAGAGAAAGUCAUUUUGGAAUUGAACUGGUCGAACAUGAUGGUUUCUUUUAUGGGCCCUCAACUCUGGAAGGAAUGGUGAACAUGUAUUCCCAGUUCAAAGGACGGGAGGACGAUGUGCUUGUGUGCUCUGCAAUGAAGACGGGAACCACCUGCUUGAAAGCUAUCAUUACCAGCAUUAUGAGCGAAAGCAAGACCCACACUUCCAAAGGAAUGGCCGUCCAUGACUUGAUUCCCAGCUUUGAAGUAAUGUACAGUCCCCGAGCAAUGCAUAAAGUAGAAAUGCCCUCCCCAAAAUUCCUCUCCACCCACCUGUCUUACUCUGCUCUUCCACCUCAAAUCAUCUCUCUGGGCUGUCGAAUCAUUUAUAUCGUUCGAAAUCCCAAGGAGACUUUCGUUUCCCACUGGAAAUUCUUGCCUGCACUACAAGCUGCCAUCAAUGUUAAAACGACUUGUGCAGUUUCCAAGGAGGCAUUCUUUGGUUCAUUCUGUAAUGGUGUCUCUAUCUUUGGUCCUUUUGUUGAUCAUGUCUUGGGAUUUUGGAAUGCCAGUAGGAAUCAGAGUAACAUCUUGUUCUUGACUUACGAAGAUAUGAAGGCAUAUUCUCUGUCCCACAUCAAAAAGAUUGCGGAUUUCCUGGGACAAUCUUGUUUGGCAGAGGAAGACAUUCGCUACAUCGACAGCCAAUGUAACUUCCAAUUCCUUUCCACUCUAGAUGUUAACAGAAACGGCACAAUGAAUUUGAAGGAUGCCCAUUUAAGCGAUCGAUCUCUUUUUCGGAAAGGUGAAGUGGGUGACUGGAAGAAUCAUUUCAUUCCAGAAAUGAAUAGGCGUAUGGAUUUGGAAGUGGAGAAUAAGUUCCAAGAAGCAGGCAUGUUUCUUAAGUAUGAACUCUGA